UCUAAAAAGGUAAUGGAUUUAUUGUGAAGGUGUAGGCUAUAUUACAUGGAUUUAUUAGACUUUUUCAAAUGGCUUGUAAGCCAGGAGAUGCUAAAUGUGUUUUAUGUUAAUUAACGGUCAAUUACCGUGAGACCGACAGUUAUAGGCUUGACAAUCACCGGCUGAUACAUUUUUGUGACCACCACAGCCCUAGUAGUGAUGAGGUUCAUAAUGACCUUAGAUGGCCACCCUGUCAUGUUAGCACAAUGGGCUUCCUCAUCUAUGAAAAUCACUUACCAGCAACCACACCCAGCCCUCAGCAUCACCACAAUCAUCCACACGCACUAACCCUCUCUGCCCCUUUGAAAAGUUAACAAAUGCCCUCUUCUCCACUCUGUGCUGGUGCUAUUUUUGUCCCAAUGCCCCUUUCCCACUUAAUAUGCUGUGUCCCUUUGGCGACACAUGAUAAAAGAAAGGAAACAACCUUUAUUAGUGCAUUAGUUGCCUUCUUGUUUUGAAAUUGUUUAUCUCUGUGCUUCCAAUUUCAGAGGGAAGAAAGAUCUCAAAGACCAGACUACCUGCUGAACUUUGCCAUCAAGACAAACACUUUGGACCAUGUUGACCAUCCUGGCUGCCGGGUCUGUCUUCUUCCCAGGCCUGUUUGUGCUCUCCAAGCAAUGCCUCAAGCAUAUCCCUGCACUGAGGUGGAGCGAAGGGGAUGCGGUCAUAGUGUCAGCCAGAUGAACGUGUUUCCUUCAGGUGUUUGGAAAUUGCUCUCAAGGAUGAACCAGACUUGUGGGGUCUACAAUUUUUUUCUGAGGUCUUGGCUGAUUUUUUAUUUUUUUUUCCCAUGAUGUCAAGCAGAGGCACUGAGUUUGAAGGUUGGUGUCCUCUGUUCAGGCGAUCAUGGCCUCCUCUGCUGGUUACAUCAUUGCCUCCUCCUGUGAUGACAUCGUUGAGGACCAGCAUUGGCUCACCAGCGCCUACAUCCUCUUUGCCGUGCCCUACUUUGUGUACGACAUCUACGCUAUGUUCAUGUGCUACUGGUACAAGCUGCGCAUCAAGGGUCAUGAAGCGGACAGCGGCGCCAAACCCCUGGGUGCGGCCCUGACCAGCUACCUGCGGCGCGAGUUCCUCAUGGUACUCCACCACAUCGUCAUGGUCACCGUGUGCUUCCCCGUCUCUGUGUUCUGGCGACAGGGCAAGGGGGAUUACUUCCAAGGCGUCAUGUUCUUGGCAGAAGUCAGCACUCCGUGGGUCUGUCUGGGAAAAAUCCUCAUCCAGUACAAACAGCAACACACUCUCCUGCACAAAGUGAAUGGGGCUACUAUGCUGGUCACUUUUUUCAUCUGUCGAGUCCUCCUCUUCCCUUACCUCUACUACGCGUAUGGCAGGUACGCGUCCAUUCCCCUCCACAUGGUUCCUUUCAACGUGCCCUGGCAAGUUAACCUGGGCGCAGCUAUGCUCAUGGCCCCCCAGGUCUACUGGUUCUCCCUCAUUUGCCGAGGGGCCAUGCGACUCUUCACUGGCUCUUCCCGCUCCCGGAGGCGCCCGAUCACCGCCAAGGAUGAGUUGGACGGACAGGCGCCGUUCCAGCCCGCCAAUGGGUACAGCACUCAUGCCACAGAGCAAAACUCAGACUCUCACUGAGAAGUGGGCGGGAGGGUGAGAGGUAAGGAAGGAGGUGGGGAUAAUGUACCGGUGGGUGAAGUUGAAAGGGAAAGAAAGGUAGUGAGACUUUGAACAAGCAUGAGUUUUGCAAGCGUAAAAAAAGAAACGCUUCAAAUGGUACUGUCUUUGUUGCCAGAAUCUAUACUUAAUACCGAUAUUCUGCUUGUGCGAAUAAAGGAAUUGAAGGGAGCGUUUGCACAUUGAACAGCACACAACAAAAACAUCAAAGCUAUUGUUCCCCCUGAUGCGUGUUGAGAAUGGAGAGAGAUUAGCCUGAAAGAAGUAUAGCAAGUGAGAAGUGGAGCGUCCUCAUGUAGAUCAAAUGAAAUCCUGUCUGCCUAGGAGGUAAAUUAGCACAGGAGUUAGGAAUGUAUUAUACUGGUAUGUUUAGUACAUUGAUGUAGAUGGAAAGGCCUAAUUCGGCUCUGUAACAAGAAACAACCUCACCAAGCAGUACUUUGACUUGUUAGUAUUUAUCUGUAUCCUCUGUACACUCUUAACAAAUGUGACCAGGGUGGAAGGGAGAUAACCUCAUAAGACUGUAUUAUGCUGCCUUAUCUCAAUUGUUUGUGUGUACUACAUUUUAUUUAUUUUAAUGUGGGAUAUUUCAUUUUUCCUUGGACUGAGAAUGUGACAAGUGUUCUUAGCGUCACGUUGAUUUGGAUUGUAGUUCUGUUUCUGAUCUCCCAUCCUGUGUUUUUAUUUUUUUUAUCCAUUUUGAUCUCCUGUAGUUCAGGUAGCAAAUGCAUGAAUUAUUUCACCUGUUGGCAGUUAAACUCUGCCGCCUUGCAACAGUGUUAUUUUAUUCAGUGUAGAGAAUGUAAUUUUGAGGAACAAAAUAAAUGGCCAAUUUUGUGGGCCUUUGCGUUUCUAUGCA